CGUCAGACUCAGAGUAUAUAUGAGGAGGGUGCAUGCAGAUGCAGUCCAGGCCUGGGCGAAGUAGUAAAAAAUGGAGAUGAGCAACAAGCAGGUGAUUUUGAGAGAGUACGUUUCUGGACGGUUUCCCACAGAGGCAGACAUGUAUGUGAAUACAAGCAAUUACAUAAGCUUGAAGGUUCCUCCACAAGGCUCAACUGUGUUGGUCAAGAAUCUCUACUUGUCCUGCGAUCCCAUGAUGCGAUUUCUCAUCAUGGAUAAUUCUCAUCACAGGAUGACCAAAUACGUUUAUUGUACCCCUGGCUCUCCAAUAUGUGGGUAUGGCGUGGCUAAAGUUUUGGAUUCCAGUCAUCCAGAAUUUAAACAAGGUGACUUAGUAUGGGGGCUAACCAGAUGGGAAGAGUACAGUUUCAUCACAAACCCUGAAAGCCUCAUCAAAAUCCGGCACACUGACACUGAUGUACCUCUUUCCUACUAUACUGGAAUUCUGGGUAUGCCCGGUAAGACUGCUUAUGCUGGUUUCUUUGAAGUAUGCUCUCCGAAAAAAGGGGAAUACGUGUUCGUGUCUGCAGCAUCCGGAGCAGUUGGGCAGCUUGUAGGCCAAUUUGCAAAAUUGGCUGGUUGUUAUGUUGUUGGAAGUGCUGGAAGUAAAGAAAAGGUUGAUCUACUGAAGAAUAAGUUGGGGUUCGAUGAGGCUUUCAACUACAAGGAGGAGCAUGAUUUAGACGCAGCUCUGAAAAGGUACUUCCCUCAAGGCAUUGACGUCUACUUCGAGCAUGUUGGUGGGGAAAUGCUGGACGCUGUGCUGCUCAACAUGAGAGAACACGGUCGCAUUGCCGUCUGCGGAAUGAUUUCACAAUACAACCUCCCCGAGCCUCAAGGAAUUAAAAACUUGAUGCAAAUUGGAUUUAAGCGACUGCAUAUACACGGAUUUACACAUCGUGAUUACGAUCACAUUGUGCCUAAAUACUUAGACUUUGUGCUGCCUUACAUCCGCCAAGGCAAAUUAGUGUAUGUGGAGGACAUAGUUGAAGGGCUUGAGAAUGCUCCAGCAGCCCUGGUUGGGCUCUUCACUGAUCGCAACUUUGGCAAACAAGUCGUUGCACUUGCGAGACACGACAAUCAAUCAUCAAAUCAAACUUAAUUAGUAUCUCUAUUCUCUGCUUCUUGUUGUUGUUGUUGUUGUGCCCUCUUCUCUUCUUAACUUCUUAUCUUAUAGCGCUAGAGGUAGGCCUAUAGCUACUUCUGCUUGUAAUUCUCUGUCCUUUGAGAGAGCAAGGACAAUGAGAAAAUACAUACUUUGGAUUAAGCUACACAUGCAAAUUG